AUGGGCGCACCGCAGACCCUUAAACCAUUAGAUGAUGAAUUUGCCCCAUGUGUGGAGGUAGUUGAUGAAACUCGGGAGGUACAAGAACGCAAGCUGGAUCGCCGGAGAGCACAGGCCGGUGGCCCAAGGCGCCGUGGUCUCGACAAUGAUCUGGAAAGCGAGCGUCGUAGACCUCGACAGAUUGAACAAGGCUGUACAAAAUAUAUUUGUGCAAAAACAUCGAUCCGCACCAACGUUUGGCGGCGAAACACUUUCACAUUUAGUAUCAAGGUUAGGAUAAGGCAGGCCGAAUGGGGUGGCAAUUCGUACAGUUUUAGUCCUGCGGUUCUUUUGACAUUGGCUAUGACCUAA